AUGUCUCAUCAAUACCCCCCAAAAUGUUGGGGCUUUGAAGACGAUGGGUCAUUCAAUGGAAAAUGCAGGAAAUCUGCAGCUGAAUGCAGAUUUACCCACCCUGAGUCCGCUGACUGGGCCAAGGCCAGACGCUUACCAAAUCAAAGUGGCCACAAGAAGUCGGGGUCUUUUACAGGAUCUAAUCAAGGAAAGCGAGAUUCUGAUUAUUCUGACGCGUGGAAAACUUCAUCAGAUGCACGGGCAUCUACAGCUACAUCCACAAACACGACAAUACUACCUGAAUCGGGCAGUCGAUGGGGAAAAGCAUCCUCUACCGGAGGAGGAAGGUCAGAGCCAGCUGGAAGCCACGCGAGUUGGGAGAAAUCUAGUGGGAAAACAUCAAAACCAGAAUCCAUGAAUAAGCCUGAAAGCUCUGGGUGGGGAUCCGCGGUUUCUGGUGGCAGGGGCAAUCAAACUGAUAGUCCUGCCUGGGGUAAAAGUAACAGCCCUGGCUGGGGAAGUCCUGGAUGGGGAAGUCCUGGGUGGGAAAGCGGAAGUGGCUGGGGAGGUGGUUGGAAAGAUUCUGGAACCAAAAGCAACGGAGAAGAGAAGGAGAAGGAUGACGGUUGGCCAGGAACCAGCACUGGGACGGAAAAUUGGAGUGAGGGGGUUAAGCCGGGUUCGGGAUGGGGAACCGCCGACGGUACUGGGGCCGAAAAAACACCCACCCACAAAAUUCCUUCGCCUCAUCACACUCAAUCUGCAGGAAACCCAUCGAUGAUUGUUUCAGAAGAUGUUAUCAUGAGGCCACCUUCUCCGAAAAAGAUGCUGCCUCUUCCACAACGAUCACUGACCACCAAUGCUAAAUCAUCGAAGCCUGGCUCUGGACAAUCGUCAACGAAUACGUUUCCCUCCCAUCCUGCCGAGGAAGCAGUCAAUACUGGAUUGAAGGAGCAUGAUACAGACAGCACUGUAAAAUCUUCAACUUCUGCAAUGUCUCGCCUCCCGAUACCCAAGAUCCCGAAAAAAGUUCAUAAUCAAAUAUCCUCACAGCCAGAAAACUUGAAAGAUGUAUAUAAAAACCUCGUCUCAGUGAAGCAGAGCAGAUUUGGGACUUCAACAUCACAAUCAUAUCCUGUAAAAUAUGUCGGACACGAAGGUCGCAUUGCUUUGUACACCGACAUUUUGACUUACAUGCAAGAUGUUGUAAUUGCAGAGAUAAGAUACGUUGAAGCAAAAUCGAAGUAUGACAAAUGGAAAGAAUAUCUCGCUUCGUCUAGUUACUCCCGUGCCACGCCUGCAACGCGGAAGAUUCUCGAAGGGACUCGCGAUCAAUACUUCAAGGACUCGCUAGAGGCAAAGGAAGUGCGGGACGCUGCUCUACUGAAGUUGGGCAAUCUGCCCGAUUUUCUCCCGAGUGAACCCAUCAACGAUCCAGCUGUGACAAAGCAAAUAGUGAUGCACUACACAAACGAGCUUAGAUCCUGGUUUUUGGACCUCAAAAUCCACGAACGGCUCGCAAUCAAAAAGCAAGAAAGCGAGUUAAAAGCCAAAGAGCUGGAAGCUCAGGCUGCAAUGAUAGAGGCACAGCAACAACCAUCUGCUCAAGAGCUGCUUCAUCGUGGUAAUUGGAAUUGGACGGACCUCAAAGCUGCCCUCAAGUUGGCAGAGGAUCGGGUUACCGCAGCAGAAGAGCAGGUUUAUAUCAAGGCGUGGACAAAUCAAGAUUUGCUUGACGAGCAAUUUUGCCAUUUACCAGCGGUGGAAGAGCCUAUUCAAGAGACUAUCGGGCCAGACACACGACCUGGAACUUACCUAGCUUUGGAGAAUAUGUUGAAAGCCGUGGAUGCACAUUUAUCAGCGCAAUCUAUACAAGCAGGAACCGUCAUAGAGAAAGUAAACAACCUCGAAGAGGAGAUUGCCAGCUUACGGGCAGGGACAUCCGAGAUCAAUAGAGUUUGCGACGAAGCAGAAGAGCAAUUCCCGAAGUUUGAGGAAGAAAAUACUGAAUUGCUGAAGCAGGCAGAGUCUCUCCAAGCUCAUUUGACCAACUUACAUUUGCAUAGAUGGUCUGGUCAGAGAUCGACAUCUCCAGAAUUACUGAAAGAAGCAGUUGAGCCGAUACUAAAUGAGCUUCUCCCGUAUUUCCAAAAGCGAAUGGAAGAUGAAUUGAGAGGUAUUUUGGAUCUGUUGCGUCAACGCUGUCUCGAGAACCAGGCAGAAUUGGGGAGACAGGUCGAAGAGAUGCUGAAGCCACUUUUGGCGAAUACAGAUGAGAUCGAAAGGAUUUGCAAAACCUUCAUGGCAUCCGCUCAGGAUUUGCCACCACCUAUCGCUUCGACGUCAAUCUCCACUGUUCAAUGA